CUUGUCAUCUCUGAACAUAUCUUAAACCUCUGUUCCUUUUCGUCAUCCUACUCACUUUCUCUCUCCUCUCUCUAGAUUUUUUCCCCUCUCUCUUACAUCUAUCGUAUUUCUGUCUCUGACAAUGCGAAAGGGACGCUAAUUAAAAAAAUAUAGAAAUAGAAAAAAUAACACACACAUAACAAUAACCCAUAAACCCAGCGACGAUGUUUUCUAAGUUUGAGAAGAAAAAGAGAACCAAAGAAGAGUCUCAGAAGAAGAAACAAGGAAAAAUCACACAAUACAAUAAUAACAAGAACAAGUCUUUGAAGAGAUUGGACCAAAGGAUCAAGUGGGCCAUUUUAAUUUUUUUUCUUUCUCUCCAUUCGUUCAAAUUUCUUGUUCAGGUGUUUGAAGCUUGUGCUUGGAAAAACGAUAUAUGUUGACAUAUAUUUGAGUUGUUAUGUUCUGUCUCUGUUUUCGUGAGAUUUACGUUUCACUAUGAGAAGUUAACACAAACUAGUUCUGUCCUAGUUUCUCGGAAGAUUUUCUAAGAUGGAAUCUGUUAAACCAUCAGCAGUGACGCCAAGCAAGAGCAAAUUGGCUCGCACUUUUGCCAAAGUUCUUCACGUUAGAGCAGUGACUGGAAUUGCACCAGUUGAUGGACUGAAGAAUGUUAAAGUCGAUGCGGAUCUCAACAAUGAAGCAAAUAAAUGUAAGAGUGCACUAAACAAUGAAGAAGACGAAGAGCUUCAGGAAAGAAAGGCCACAGAAGCUUUGCUUGCAAAAACUUUUGCUAGCAUUUCAACUGUGAAAGCUUCAUAUGCUCAGCUACAGAAUGCUCAGUCUCCUUAUGACCCUGAUGGAAUUCAAGCUGCUGAUCAAUUGAUAGUCUCAGAGUUCAAGACCUUGUCUGAGCUAAAGCAAUGUUACUUCAAAAAACAAUUUGAUCCUUUGCCAGCUAGAGCAAUUCUUGCCGCUAAAUUAAAGGAGCUGCAGAGUGUCAACAGAACCUUUGAGAUCAUGGGGAAGAAGUUAGAAUCACAGGCGCGGCUCAAGGAAUCUGAGAUUAUAUUUCUCCGAGAAAAGCUAGAAGAAGCUAAUGUGCACAACAGGUCAAUUGAGAAGAGGUUAAAUCAAAGUGGAUCAUUAUCAGUUCUUGAUAAUCUCCACAUGUCAGGACUAAGUCCUAGCCAUUUUGUCACUGUUCUUCGCCACACGGUUAGGUCCAUUCGGAGCUUCGUGAAAUUGUUAGUGAAUGAGAUGAGAUCUGCUGGUUGGGAUAUUGAUGCAUCAGUCAAGGCCAUUAUGGAGCAGAAUGUGGUUUACUGGAAAGAAGAUCACAAGUGUUUUGCAAUUGAGUCCUUUGUGUGUAGGGAGAUGUUUGAUUCAUUCAACUUCCCCAACUUCUCCCUACCAAAUGAGUCCCUACCAGAUAGGAACAGGAGGCAACUGUUCUUUGGGAGGUUCAACGAGCUAAAACCAGAGAAAGCAAAGGACUUUCUUGCAGGGAAACCAAGAUCACCCUUUGCAAAAUUCUGCAGGAUCAAGUACUUGAGGCUUGUUCAUCCCAAGAUGGAGGCAUCCUUCUUCGGCAACCUGAAUCAGAGAAGCCUGCUGAAUGCCGGAGAGUUUCCCAACACAAAUUUCUUCACCUCGUUUGCUGAGAUGGCAAAGAGGGUAUGGCUCCUACAUUGCUUGGCCUUCUCCUUUGAGCCUCCUCAAGCUUCAAUCUUUCAAGUGGGGAAGUGGUGCAGAUUCUCUGAUGUGUACAUGGAGAGUGUGAAUGAAAAUGAUGAAGAAAUGCCAGUGGAGUCCGAGACACAAAUUGCUUUCACUGUGGUUCCAGGGUUUAGGAUUGGUAAAACUGUGAUACAGUGCCAAGUCUACCUCUCACAGCGCCAAGUAAAAAAUUUCACAUCCACAAAGCAAAGGUAGUAGUAACUAGUAAGUGGUGCUUUUGAUCAGAGACUGACCCCACCAUGCAACAGGUUUUGUGUUGAAGUGGAAGACAAUGUUUUGAGUUGAAACUUUUGGGGAGGGACAUGGCUUGUGGUGCAGUGCAUGGCUGUGCCUUGUGGGGACUCACCUUCUGCCAUGGUUCAACGGGGCAUUUUUUUUUCUUGUCCAUUUGUAUUUUGGCCAUUUUGAAAAGGAAGCGCGUGAACCGUUGCAUUGGGAAGUGCCCCUCUUGUUCGGAAUGUUUUUUUAAAAAAAAAAUUAUUUGUUAUGCAGUUUAAUCAAAUGCUUGCCCCCAAAUUUUGUUGAUAUUAGGCCGGUGGCAGGGAUGGUCUAGCUGGAAUGCAUCUUUUCCAGACAUUGCAUAUGUUAUGUACAUAAUAAUGUUGUUGGCGAUAAUUUUAUUCUGCUCUUUUUAGUUCU